CUCUCUUUGGAGCCUCGAUCAUUAUGUGGAUCUAGUUAUCCUACAAUAAUGACCACUCAAUUUGGGGCCUCUUCUUCUUCCUCUCUCUCUUCCUCUUCUGGUACCAUUCAGCCCUCUUUCUCUUCCUCUUCUGCUACCAUUCAGUCAUGGACGUACCAUAUCUUUUUGAGUUUUAGAGGAGAGGAUACGCGCAACUCUUUUACAGGCCAUUUGCACAAAAAUUUGGUUCAGAAGGGAAUUAAAACCUUCAUAGAUGAUGGCCUUACAAGAGGAGAAGAAAUAUCAACUGCACUUUUUAAAGCAAUUGACGAGUCAAAAAUUUCUGUCAUUGUAUUCUCUGAAAAUUAUGCUUCCUCAAAAUGGUGUUUAGAAGAACUUGUGAAGAUCAUGCAUUGUAAUGAAUCGAAGCAACAAAUUGUAUGCCCUAUUUUUUACAAGGUAGAUCCAUCAGAUGUACGAAACCAAAAGGGUAGUUUUGGUCAGGCACUUGCUCAUCAUGAUAACUUGGAGAAGGUGGCAGGAUGGAAGACAGCUCUUACAAAAGCAGGAAAUCUUACUGGGUGGCAUUUCUCACACGGAGGGCAUGAAUCUGAAUUCAUUGAUAAAAUUGUUGAAGAGAUCUCACAACAAGUUUUAAAGUUUACAUAUUUGAAUGGGGACAAAUACUUAGUUGGAAUAGAGUCUCGUUUAAAACAUAUGGAAGAGCUUUUAUGUGUUGGAGAAAGUGACGUACGAAUGAUAGGGAUAUGGGGCAUUGGUGGAUUAGGCAAAACAACAAUUGCGAAGAGUGUUUAUAAUAAAUUUUCCCAUAAAUUUGAAGGCAGUUGUUUUUUGGAAAAUGUCAGAGAUAGAUCGUUGAAAUAUGGAGGCCUAAAAAAACUACAGAAGUUCCUUCUUUCUAAGACUCUAGGAUUGAGAGACUUAGAGGUAAAUAGUCUUGAUGAAGGAAGCAUCAUGAUAAAAGAAAGGUUAAGCCAUAGGAGAGUUUUCUUAGUUCUUGAUGAUGUGAAUGAUUUGGACCAGUUAAAAAGUUUAGUUGGAAAGUCUAAUUGGUUUGGUUCUGGUAGUAGAAUAAUCAUAACAACACGAGAUAAGCACUUGCUACAUGAUGUUAAUCACAUAUACCAAGUGGAGAAGUUAAGUCAUAGUGAAGCUUUGGAGCUCUUCAACUUUAAUGCAUUCAAAGGAAAAGGACAGAUGGGUGAUUACGUUGAACUCAUAGAUAAAGUAAUAUGCUAUGCUGAAGGGCUUCCUCUAGUUGUGGAAGUUAUGGGUUCAUAUCUACGUGGUAGAAGUACAUACACAUGGAAAGAUGCAUUAGAGUCUUGCAAAAGAGAUCCUAAAUUUCAAGUGCUCAAAUUAAGUUAUGAUGCACUUGAACCUUCGAUGAAGGAAGUUUUUCUUCACAUCGCAUGUUUCUUUAAAGGUAAAAAUAAGAACUAUGUGAUGGACAUAUUAGAAGGAUGUGACCUACGACCUAAACAUAGCAUUGAAGUACUCAUAGAAAAGGCCCUCAUAAGCAUUACUGAAGAAAAUGGUGUUUGGAUGCAUGAUGUGCUAGAAGAAAUGGGCAAAGAAAUAGUUUGUCAAGAGUCGUCAGAGCCAGGAGAACGUAGCAGAUUGUGGUUGUACGAAGAUGUUUAUCACGUUUUUGUGCACAACACUGGAACAAGCAAAGUUAAAGGGAUCAUGGUUCUGAAAGACAUAUCAGAUCAACAAAUACCCUUGAAUAAGAAAAGCUUCUUAAAGUUAAGCGGUCUUCAAAUUCUUAUAAUUUGUGGUGAUGUAUUCUAUGGAGAUCAUGUGGAUUACCUUCCCAAUGAUUUGAGACUCUUAAACUGGAAGGGUUGUCCGUUACAAUAUUUUCCAUCAGAUUUUUAUCCUAGGAAACUUGCUGCACUCAAGAUGGUUUUCAGUGAGAUAUCAUCACCAUGGAGUGUACUUAAGGGAGGUUUUCUAUGUCAAAUGCCUCGGAUUUGCACAUCACCAUUGGGAAAGAGACUACAGAAUAUGUACAAUUUGAAAUCAGUCGAUUUGGGAAAUUGCAAUGGUGCAACAACGUUUUCCAACUUCUCUAGAUUGCCAAACUUAGAGGAGUUGAAAAUAAGAGACAGUAAAAAAGUCAAAAAAUUUGAAAUUGUGGAAGAGAUGAAAUCCUUGAAAAGGUUGAAUCUAAGCCGUACUGCAAUCAGAGAAUUGCCUUCAUCAACAAUCAGAUGUCUCAUUAAUCUGGAACAGUUAACUUUAUCAUGUUGCCAUAAACUUAAACAUGUGCCGUGCAGCAUUUUUGAGUUGCAACAUCUACGGCGUUUGGAUCUCUCUUAUUGUAAAAAGCUGGUAACAUUUCCAACAAAGUCAGAGUUUUCAACGGGAUCGACCAGUUUACAGGACAAGCACUAUGCUCUAUUAUCCGUCAAUUUGGACAAUUGCGAGCAUCUCGUAGAAAUUGCAGAAAUUCCGCAAGAAAUAUAUGGCCUACGUGUGAAAGGCUGCUACCGAUUGCAAAAAAUUUCAGAAUUGUCAAACAUUUUGGAAGGUAAAGAGUCAAAAUUGACCCCUUUUAUGGACUUCCGUAAUUGCUAUGAACCGUCCGGCGAUCUGGCUCGUGUCUGGGCAAUGUUGAAAAAGUAUAUACCGAAUUUACCCCGUUUCUCGCCUGAUUGCUAUGGACUGUCGUCUCUUAUUUUCUCAUGUCGGCAAUUUGGGUGUAAGGUUUUCUUUGACGGCCCGAUUUACAAAUUUGGGAUUCCGGAGUGGUUCACUUGGCGCAGGGAUUUCGAUAUGGAAGGACUUCAAGGAUGUGAAUUUAGAAUUGAUUUUCCUGGAAAUUUCAAAUGGGAUGACAAAGGAUUGGCUUUCUGUGCUCAAACUGUUUAUCACGAUCACCAACGCUGGGCUCUGAGAUCAUGUUUCAGAAUAGUCACAAUCUACAUUAACGGUGUAUGCAUCAUUAAAACAGACCUAAUCAUGAUGAGAGAGUCCGUGUGGGGAUACUUGCCAUUCGAUACUAUAAUAGAACGGCUGAGUAAGAGUGGGUCACCACCACCUUCCGUGUGUCUGGUUAAGUUCGAAAUUGAAUUUAACACCGGCAAUGUGUGGUCUAACGAGAUUACGGACGAAGGGCCCCCGAUGCAAAGCUGCGGAGUCCACGUUGUAAAUGAUUGCAAAACUGCGGACUCCUGUCCACCGUUUUCCAUAAGAGAGCUGAAGAUCGAUGCUGAAGAGACUGACUCCUACUACGAUGCUGAAGAGAUUGACUCCUACUACGACGCUGAAGAUCGACUAACUGUUUGAUAGUAAGUCCUUCAGAGGGAUAUUGGUUUCUUCGACUCUCCUAGUUUGAGUGGUGGACACUGUUUUGAACUAACUUCGAUCAUGAUCGUCAAGAGACUCGACUGUUUGAAUCCCUCUUCAACGACCACUUCAGUCGAACAAGGCAAGCCAUACCUCCACCACAUACGAAUUUCGCCACACUUAUCACUGAAGAACGACUGCCAUCUAAACGCUGUGAAAACAGAGCAGAUGUGCGACAUGCUCCAACAAAGAAAGGAAUUUGGUACUGACAUAUCAUCGAUGUAUUCUAUUGAACUUUCCAUAUGGUGAGAAUUGAUAUUAUCUAACCAUCUGAACUUUUUCUAUUUGCUUAUUUUAUAUAUGUUGUUGUAUGAAGCAAUAGAAUACUAAGGUGUAAGUAUAUUGGGCAAUCACCAUUCAAUACAUGAUUUCCCAUUGUCACAAGGAAACCGGAGCUUCAAGGAAACAAAGAGGAAGAUAUGUUCAAGCAAAAUUGAGUCACUGAUCUUGAGUUUAAAUUUCCAAAUCAUGCUGCACAUAUUUAAUUGAUUUACUUGUCUAUUAAAUUGAUUUGGUGUACUUUGCAUUAAAGACUUCUUGCAUGCAAAACAAAUAAAUUUUGAUAUCUUUCUAUAUCUAUCAUUUGGUGUUUAAAGAAAAGAUUUGUUUGAGGGGGAGUUUUUCCUCUUGUAUAAAAGGCUUCGAAACUAAUACAUGUGUAGGGUUUUUUUCAUCGGCUGCAUAAAAACGUUGGUUCAUUCUUGAACUAUGGUUUUCGGUCAAAAACCAUUUUUCUGAAAAACUCUCUUUAUUUGUUUCAUACUUUAUCUUGUGUCGUCCAGUACUUCCAUAGAUUAUUCUCAAAGAUCAGUGAGACAUUGAGAACGAGAAAGAUCAGUGAUUUGAUUAGAGUUGA